UGUUGUUGAAAAGUCCAUUUUGGAUUACAAUACAAAUUAUAGAAAAAGUUAGCGUUUUCAGAAUUUGUAAGAGUGAGUUAAUCGUCUCUGUCCAGGCAGUCUGGCAGACUUUGCCAAAAUAAAUCUUCUCCCGCUUUUCCAUUAACAAAUCAUUAGUAAAAGUAAUAAAAACGUUAAUUUGGAGAGUCCACCUUUGAAUUCUUGGCUUCACCAAACGCCCACCGAGCUCUGAUUUCUUCUAAGCUGCCCUUUCAACUUUUUCUUUACCAUUCUUGGCGACGGAUUCGCGUUCUUCCUUCAUCGAUUCAUCACCGAUUUCUGAACUUCAAAGAUGAUCAAUCCACCUGAGGAUUUCAGUAAGAUUAUUGAAAGUAAUGAACUACAAUCAAGGGAAGAAAAUGAGUAUGCAAGGCUUGUUAAACCUGCCGAGACUAGUACAGAUGUUACCAAAGAAGUAUCAAUCCAUGAAACAACAAAGCGCAGAUCAUUUAUGUGGUGGAUGAAGGCUUUACUUUGCAGCUUGCUUCUGAUAAUACUAUGUUUCUUUUUUGUGAAAUGGGCUAUUCCUUUUGUUUUCGAGAAGGUUCUUAUUCCACUUAUGAAAUGGGAAGCAACUGCAUUUGGUCGGCCCGUUCUUGCUCUCAUCCUUGUGGCCUCUAUGGCUCUUUUCCCAGUUGUUCUCCUUCCUUCAGGCCCCUCCAUGUGGCUGGCAGGAAUGAUCUUUGGUUAUGGGUUUGGAUUUAUAAUAAUCAUGGUUGGAACUACCAUUGGUAUGGUUUUGCCAUAUUUGUUUGGCUCAUUAUUUCGCGAACGACUACAUGCAUGGCUGAUGAGAUGGCCCAGAGAGGCAUCUGUAAUACGGUUAGCUGGACAAGGAAACUGGUUUCAACAAUUUCGAGUUGUUGCGGUUUUCAGAAUCUCUCCUUUUCCAUACACAAUAUUCAACUAUGGUGUUGUGGUUACAGAUAUGAGGUUUGGGCCUUAUCUUUGUGGUUCCAUAGCUGGGAUGAUACCUGAAGCUUUCAUCUACAUUUACAGCGGGCGGUUGAUUCGAACUCUAGCCGACAUGCAAUAUGGAAGUUACAGGAUGAGACCUCUGGAGAUAGCUUACAAUAUCUUCUCCUUUGUUGUUGCAGUUGUCUUAACUGUAGCCUUCACCAUUUAUGCAAGAAGAGCUCUCAAUGACCUUAAAUUUGCUGAAGGAGAUGGGAAGGAAGCUGUUGAUGGCCAACAAGCUAUUGAAUUUGAGAAACUGCCACAUGAAAAGCAGAGGGCUUUCUCAUUUCCUCUUGUUGAUUUGCCAUUUUUCAGAAACAAUGCGCAGCAACAGCCUGAGAUAUUGACUACUUCACCAGUGUGAUUGACGGCAAAUUAUUACGUGCGGUGUCCGGAUUCGUCCGGAGGCGAAUCCGGACGCGCCACGUCACUUAGGGCCCGGUGCAUCCGGGUGAUGUGGCGCG